AUGGCUUCAAAGUAUCCAUAUUCCCAGUCUUCUAGUUAUAUAGGACUUCUUAACAGUCAACACGAAACUGUUAACCAUGAAAACUACCCUUAUGGAAGUUUUCAUUCUAGUGUGAACCUUGGAGCAUCGGAAAUCCCCCCUUUCAGUUCCCAACAACCUGACGUGCCAGAUCAACCUAUAGUCACACCAGUGGAGCGAAGGGAGAGAAAGAAAUGGACGCCUGCUAUGGACGAGGUUCUGAUAAGUGGCUGGCUGAACACAUCUAAGGAUGUUGUUGUUGGAAACGAUCAAAAUGCACAAACCUUCUGGGAACGUGUUGAGGCAUAUUGCAAAGCAAGUCCUCAUGGUAGAGCGGGUGGUGUGAUGACAGAGAAUCUCCAUUGUAAGCAGAGGUGGCACAAAAUAAAUGACUUGACGAACAAGUUCUGUGGUGCAUUUGCAACAGCAGAGAGACAAAUGACUUCUGGCCAGAACGACAAUGAUGUUCUCAAGUCGGCUCAUCAAAUAUUCUACUCUGAUCACAACAUGAAGUUCAACCUUGGACAUGCGUGGUGUGUGUUGAGGCAUGAACAGAAAUGGAUUAGCCUUAACACUCCUAAACCCACCGACACUUCAAAGAGAAAAUCUGGUGGGGAAAAUUCCCAAACUUCUCACACGAAUGUUGGUGAUAAUGAGGUUCGACCUGAAGGUAUCAAGGCUGCUAAAGCAAAAAGGAGUAAUGGUUAG